AUGCACAUCAAUUCCAAACUGUACACCGGUUUCAAUAACAACGACCACAACUUCUACAACCUCCGCCUCAAAAACGAGCGCAACAUAGGCUCAUCUAUUCAUUUCCAACAGGAGCCAGUCUAUGAUGAUAGAUACGGUUUCAUUGUUAGCUACCAGGAUGGACCUACACUCGGCGGCAUGUCGGGUAAUCCGGUCAAACUCGGCUGGCAGACUCUGGACGGUCCAUCAUUCGGAUUGGCCAAUGAUAUCCAGUGGAAGCCAGAUUUCAUGCUUGCUUUCCAAGGAUGUGCUGCAAUCUAUGAGGGGACUGAGUAUGACAACGGAGACGCGAGUGGUAGCCCGAAGUAUGCUGGCGACACCUACUCUCAGUGUGUAAUUAACUUUACUUGUGAACCGAACCUGACGCCAGUAACCUCAAAUAAUGAGGGGCCUACCUAA